AUGGCGGCCACCAUCAGCGUCGACGACAUCCCCAAGCCUAAGACAGACCAGCGUCUGUAUCGCUGGUUGAGGCUGGGCAACGGCCUGCGGGCGGUGGUGGUCCAGGACGAGGAGGCCGUCUUCGCGGCAGCGUGCGCUGAGGUGGGCGUUGGCUACUUCGAUGAUCCGGAGGACCUUCCCGGACUGGCGCACUUUGUGGAGCACGCGGUGCACCUGGGCACGGGGAGGUACCCGGAUGAGCGGGGCUACAAACAGUUCCUGGCGUCGCGCGGGGGAAAGUCCAAUGCGACCACGGGAAAGACAGAAACAAGAUUCCAUUUUGAGGUCCAGAAUGAGCACUUGAAAGAGGCUUUGGACAGGCUUUCCCGUUUCUUUAUUGAUCCCCUCUUCCUCCCUGAGGCCUUGGAUCGUGAGGUGCUGAAUGUAGAUUCAGAAUACAGCAAGCGCAGCAAUUCAGAUGCUGUCAAGCUGUUGAACUUGCAACGCUCUGUGGGCCCUGCUCCCUUAAACAGAUUUGGCACCGGCAGUGUCACUACCCUCCGUGACAAACCAAAGGAACUUGGCAUUAAUGUGCCUGAGGUACUGAAGCAGUGGCACAAACAAGGCUGCUUGGGAGACAACUUGACCCUUGCAGUCAUUUCUCCCCACAGCCUCGACGAUGUCGAGCAAUGGGUGCUGGAGUCUUUCUCCCUUGUUCCCCCAAGGACAGGAGAAUGGGCACCUUCCCCAUUUGAGACAAAUGUGACAGAUGCCAAGGCCUGGGGAUUGAGAUACUAUGAGGUCGCCCCCCUAAGAGAGCUGCGGACUCUGGACCUGGUGUGGUUCAUACCUUAUGGGGUCCACACCGAAAACCGUUGCAAGCCAUGGAGAUGGGUUGGGCACCACGUUGGGCAUGAAGGGGAUGGGAGUGCUGCCAGCCAUCUUAAACGAAAAGGCCUGAUCCAAUCUCUUGUUGCUGGUAUUGGGGAAGAAGUGCGAAGGGGAGCAGGUUUUAUGCUGUGGCACUGCAAAAUGCAGCUCACCGAGAAAGGGCUUGACCAUGUACAAGAAAUCGUUGCAACAGUGUAUGAGAGCAUUGAGAUUUUGAGGCGGCUGCCACCUGCAGCAUGCCAAACAACAUAUACGGAAUUGCAAGAGAUUGAGCAGAUUCGUUUUGACUACAAAAGCCGUGAGCAACCUGUAAACUAUGCAUUGGCCUUGGCGCUCAAUGUGCGACAUUAUGAAGCCUCAGAUCUUUUGACGGGACCAGCGCUCCUGCAGGAGUAUGCAGAGCCCUCCUUGAAGACUUUCCUGUCUUUCUUGGUUCCGGAGUAUAUGUCAGUGUUCGUGGUCAGCAAGCGUUUUGAAGGAACUACAACCGCCAUUGAGGCAAACUACAGGGCCAAGUACUCGCAGAUGACAAUGCCCACCGAUCUGUAUGACCUGAUCAACGACAUCCGAUCUGGCUGCCACCAUGACACUGGUCUGCGGUUGGUCGAUGCCUGCUGGGCCAUACCUCACGAUUUGUCAUUGAGGCCGGUUGCAUCGCCUGAGACUACUUGGUCGGAUCCUCCAAAGGUGGUGAGAGAUAGCAGCGCAACCAGGCUCUGGUAUCGUCAUGAUGCCACGUUUGGGAUUCCAAAGGCCAGUCUCCACAUCCACCUUGUAUCGCCAUUCCCAGCAGCCUCCACACCAAAUGCAGUGGCAGCUCGCUUGUUCGCAAGAGUUGUGACCGAUGUGCUGCUGCCAACUGCAUACAGCGCAGAGAUCGUCAGCACGCACUGGUCGCUGACGGUCGUGGCCACUGGAAUGCACAUUCAGUUUUUUGGCUUCAACGAGACCUUAGUGCGGCUGGUGCCCAUUGUCAUGGCUAAGCUGACCAACCUGUCCCGCCAUGAGAUUGAAGACAGGUACAGAAGUUGGACUAUGGCUGAAUCAGAAUGCGUUGUGGUGGUGACAUUGCCCCGGCGGUACACAUUUGGGCAGUUUCGUUCUGAUGUUAUAUUGGAAUGCUCAGCUUGCAAAAUAGCAACACUGCGUGGUCUCAAUCUUGUUGUGGCAUCACUGUUCAGUGCCUUUGCUACACAUGUUUGGCAUUUUUGA